AUGAAAAAGUUGGAGAUUCAAUUGAAGUGCCAAGCUGGUGCUCCUCGUUUGCAGUCCCAAUUGACGUCAAGAAUGAAAAAAUUGGAGAUUCAAUUGAAGUGCCAAGCUGGUGCUCCUGUCCCUUCUGUGCAACCCUCUUCUCGAGUAUUUCCAGUGGAAAUUGUGGUUACUGGCAUGAAAGAACUCAGACAACACAGAGAUGAAUGGACUUUCGAACCAUUUUACUCAAAAAGUGGUUACAAGAUGGUAUUAGGUGUACACCCAUGCGGUCAGCAAGGUGGUUUUGGUACUCAUCUUUCUGUGUACAUCUAUAUCGUCAAGGGAGAUCAAGAUCAGCAGUUGAAGUGGCCUUUCGUUGGGGAGCUAGCUAUCACACUAGUGGAUCAGAGACUGGCCCAAGAAAAUCACCAGACAUAUACAGUGGAGUUUACUUGUGAUGAUAUCAUACAAGGUGCACGAAGGUUCAACGACACUCUUAACAAUGGAUUGGGAUAUGAUGAGUUGAAGUGCCUACCUCCCAACUAUUUGAAACACGAUUGCCUUGUGUUCCAUAUUGACAAUAUCAAAUAG